ACAAGGCAGCUAGUGGACAGCCAGAUAUAAUGGCCCAGGUUUUACCCUUGCCUCAUAUAAUAGACAUAUCGUGUCCUCUUCCAAAAUCUGCCAAAAGUGUGCUAGAAAAAGAAUGGCCGUUUAAUGUUGCCGGACCAAGCUGUAGAGACGAGCCCCCAGAUGAUUUUGCCAGGCGGCGGUACUACGAGACUUUGUACUUGCCAGAGAUACUCGCGCCACUCAAAUGGUUCGCAGCAGAUCUCUUGAGAAUCCCAAAAGAAUCUGUAGCAAAUAGUAUCAAACCGCUCAUGCUCAGUCUCUCCCAAAUAGAGACCCGACAUAGAAAGACGGUGGGGCCUAUAAUAUCAACAACCGGUCCUAUAACGGCUACAGUCGAUGAGACUGGGCAGCAUACCCUGACGGACCAAGAGAUUGGCGUUUUGAGAGUUGCGUUGGAUUUGAGAGGGAAAAGUCGGCUUGCGUUGGAUAAAGGCAUUGUACCGGCUUCAAAGAAGAUUGCUGAUCAGUUCGAGAAACGAGAAACCCUUAUUCAACUCAUCCUUCUCCUCAUCUACCUGUCUUUCCAAUCCUCACCGUUGUCGUCUGAAACUCAACAACAGACACAGCCCAUAUCACCUGAUCCUAAAUCCAGGAAACGCAAGCGGUCUUCCAAAGAAGUAUCUGGAGACCGCAGGAUAGGAAUCUCGCCUGUUCAAGACCCAUUGACCGCCGUCGAGCUAUUAUUAGACCGACUGAGCGUUUGGCAGGCGCUAUCUGAUCUGAAGCUCGGUCUGGGAGGGCUUGACCCCCCUGCGGGGUCUGGAUUAGGGGUGGGAGCGGGAAAAGGGAAAAGGGUAGGGGUAGAGACAGGAGAAGAGGGGGUGAUAAGUGAGAUGUUGAAGAGUUUUUGGGAUGAUGUUCUUGUGCCUCUAUUUGUAAAGUCGCAAGCUUCAACAUGUGCAUCCUACCACCUCAAAGUAUUCGGUUCACCCGCUCCAGCAUCCGUUAUACCGUCCAAAAAUACCACCAAGAAAUCACGUAAACCAAAACUCACGCGCGCCAUGCCUUCGGCGGAUAACAAUGUGUUCCCUUUGGCUGGCAAAUCACGCGACAAUGUCCUUUCAAACCCUUUGGAACGUGAAAAGGAGCGAGAAUUGGAGAAAGGGGAACAUGCACAUCCAAAUCGAGGAGGUACAGAUGGUCGGGAUCGUGGGCACGAACGACGAUUAUCCCGUGCUCCAUCAAGAGCAGCGUCCGACAUCUCCACCUCUUCCACCCAGGACAAUUCUUUCUUACGACGCUCCCUCUCACGCACUGAAUCCCAAUCUCAAUCACAAAUCCUCAAACCUCAGCCUAGUAUCUUUCAUCGAUCACGCUCGCGUUCCACAGAUCCGCUUGGGGCGGGUACCAAGGCUGGAUCAGUGGGGGAGAUGACGAGUACAUCCAUGCCGGCGCCUGUAUUGACUUGUACAUCAACGUUGACACCUGUGAGCAUUUCCGUGUCCGCUUCAGCUGCAGUCCCUGCAGCGGCAUCGACAUCAACACUCGUCUCAACCUCGGUGGCUACCUCGCUAGGACCUCCGUUGAGUGGCAUGCAACCAUUGAGAAAGACCAAAAGUCUUAUCCGGGCACCAAGCGGGAAAGAUCUUUUCAAAGGCCGUCAAGUGGGGUUGAGGAGGGCGGGGUCGAAAAAGGCAGAGGCCGGCAUGGGGCUAGGGAUUGGAUGGGGGCCGGGUGAGAGUCCGGGGCAGAGUCUUUCUCAGUCGUUGCUGCAGCCGCAAUCCCAUCCCCAUCCCCAAUCCCAAUCCCAGUCCCAAUCCCAGUCUCAAUCGCAAUCGCAAUCGCAAUCGCAAUCGCAAUCCCAAUCCUACUCCCAAUCCCAGAACCAAAACCAAGGUCAGCUAUUUGGUAGAGGUCUCAUGGGCCGCAAAACAAGCGGAUCAAAGGACAAGCCGAAAUCCAAAUCGGAGCGUGAACGCGACCAGGAACAUGACCCCCACACGCUCAUCAUGGCUACCCCUGCCAAACCGCGAAUGCACUCUACGAACCCUUCUGGGGCACCUUUCUGGCAUCCGACGCCUAUCCAGGAGGAACCGCGUUCGUCGUCGUCGUCGUCAAUAUCAUUGACCUCUCGGCUACUUAGUCUAGACAGAGAGAGGGGCCCGAGACCGGCAUUUGUAGCGGAGACGCCUGUGGGUGUGAGGAUGAUGAGCGAUUGGCAGUAUGCAGAGGCUGAGGAGGAAGAAGAGGAUGAAGGAUUGGGUGAGUUGAUGGUCAUGACAGAUGAUGAGGAUGGGGAUGGGGAGGAAAGCAGGGAAAGGGGAGGGUUUGUUCCUGAGACACCUGUAAAGUAGGAGAUGACUGUCGCUUUUGUUGUAUAAUGAUUCAAGGUAUUGUAGAGACGAUGUUGCUGAAGACAUACCUUCCAUA